GAGAGAGAUUGCUGUGCUGAAACAUGGCCUAUGAUUUUGUUCCUAGGUGUAUUGCCUCUACCUUUGCCCAUGUAAAAACACAUAUUGUUUGCUGGCGUACAGCUUGCCGAGUGAACCUGAUCUCUAUGCCUGUGACCUGUCCUAUCGAUCAUUACCUCUUCCAGUCCUUGCUUCAUCUGCAAAUUCUUGUCAGCCAUGAGUUUGUUUUCUUCCAGAUCACUGAAUUAAAAUGUUAAAUAGGAUAGGACUAAGAACCGAUCUUUGCAGGAUCCCACUAGAAACACACAUUGUUGAUUAUUCCUAUUUACAGUUUUAUUUUUGAGACCUGUUACUUGGCCAGUUUUUAACUUAUUUGAUAUGUGCCAUAUGAAUGAUGUGUUUUAGUUUCUUAAUCAAAUGUCACAUAGCACUAAGUCAAAUGCCAUACAGAUGUCUGUGUUACGUCUUCAAUAUUACUUCACCAAACAGGUUUAAUCUAAAAAAAGUUAUCAAAUUAGUUUGAUGGGAUCUUUUCCAUGGACCAACAUUGUUUGGCAUUAAUUAUAUUUCCCUCUUUUAGUUCUUCAUUAAUCAAACUUCAUAUAAACUAUCCCACUGUUUUGCUCAGGAUCAAUGCCCAUGAUGACCCUAUAACUACCUGGGUUGCCUCCUUUACCCUUAGCUGUCUUCCAGUUCUCUGGAACUUCCUCAGGAGUCUAAGAUGUGUUGAAAAUCAGUGUUAAUGGUCCAGGAGCUGCUGGGUGCUGGAAAGUAUGGGAAACCUGGCUACUUAACUAGGUGGCUGAAUGGCAUCUGAACUCUUCAAAAUUUGACCUGAUCUUUCUUUGAAAUAUAACAUAUUGCAGUUAGCAAAUACAAAACCUUUUUAGCAGGAUAAAUUACACAGAACCCCAUUACUUCAGCUCCAAGUAAGAUCUGAGAGGAAGCUAGAACAUUUUCAGCUUUUAUCUUUGUGAAUUAUUUAUUGUAUCGGCCUUUAAAAGUUAAUAGGUUAUAAGUCUGACACAAAAUCCCAUCCUCCUCUUAACUGACUUUAUGCACUUGUAUUGCUCUCUUCAUAAAUUCACUGAGGUGAGGCCUUAAACUUUUGAGGCCUGAUACUUACCUUGACUGAAUACCUAUAGCUGUUGCUGGUACCAGAGGAAACUGAGGUUGGGCGGGGGGGGGGAACACGGGACGGGCUCUUGGCCUCAAAAAAAUCAGGUUCCUAAACAGUUAACUGUCUUCAGAAAACGUACAGAUUAUGUAAUGGAAUGAAUAAUGAUCAAAUGAUCCAGUAAUAUGCAAAGUUCAGGCUGGAUCAUGAUUCUCUCUACAAUUUGGAACAAUAUAGGAGCUAACUGAUACCAGGUAGAAAAUAAACAAUGGUGCCAAUAUGAUGAUAAGUAAUGUUACGUCUCCUUUUAGCUUUUGUUACCUCAAGGCUAUUUUAUUGCUUUCUUAAUUAGCAAAACUAAUUUUUAUUGUUUUUCCCUUCUAACUUAUUUUCACGCUUUUGGGUGCAAAGCUCUUUUUCAAGACACGUCCAUAUUUCUCUCGUGUUUCCUUUAAUUUUUAGAGAGCCAUUUCUCCAAGACCAAAGCUGGCACUAACUGGGCAUCUAUAUGGCAGUCUCAGAUGAGAGGGCAAGGUCAGAGUGGGUCAUGAAAGAACUCACUAGUAGAGUUCAGGACAGGAUUGGGAAACUUGGCUAGGAUGGGAAGUGGAACCUUGGACAGCUGCUGCUCAUGUCCUGCAGUACUUGCUGUGCUUAAAUAAGAUAGCUUAUAUUAUUUGUCUGAUACCCUUCACCAUCUCCACCAAGAUGCAUACUAUAUAUAUAAAAUUUCUGAUUUUCCUGUGCUGUGAUCUGGUUAGAUCCUGCUCAAAGGGACUGAGCCAGGGUAAUACUUAAGUGGGAGCCAUCCAAGGAAAACCUAGCUGCUGUAGGUGGUAUUGGCAAUUCAGAAGGUGGAACUUUUCCCUCUGAGUCAGUGCUGAAUUGGUACUGUGUUGUGUUGUGUUGUUGGGAACCCCUGUGAUAGAAGGGCUUGUCUUUUGAACAGGAUAUGAAAGCAAGUUCUUGAGCACUUCUGGUCACAAGGGGGCCCAUGGAGCUUUUCAAAAAGUAGGGUAGUAUACUGGCCAAACUCCAGCUCUGGUAAUUACAUUCUGCCAAUUUGUACUGUGCCAUUGUGCUACAUUUCGCCGUUGGACAAAGCGAUCCCUACACAUUUUGCUUUUUUACCAGUUGGAUCCCAAGACGUUUUACAAGCUUCAUCACAGUGAAUGGUGCUAUAGAAACAUCACCUUUUCCUUUGCAGAUCAUUCCUAGCAGCCACAUGUUUUUAAUGAAUUCACUGUUGCAUUCUUCCUGGGUGCCAACUCUCUGAUUGCUGGGUCUGUCAUUUGAAUAUUUCUGGCAUAUAGGAUACAAUGGAAGUGUAUUUUCCCUUUAUGUGACAUUGAAAUCAUUUACAGUAUUUUUUUCCCUCCCUGACCUCUCCUACUCUUUAUCUUGUACCUUGAUUUUAUUACUCGUAUGCCACACUUGCUUUGUAACUCCACAAGUUUUCUGGAGAAGAUUAUUGUAUUUCACUGGACUAGGAACAUUGUUUCAGGUCCCUAUUUGGAAGACCUUAUAUUAACUAGUAUUUAAACAACCCUGUUCCUCUACUUUAAAUGUAGACAAAAACUACCUUUUGUCUUCAUCCUGGGUCAUUUUGAUCAUGUGUUCUGUGUUUUCUAAAGUAUCUAGAUCAAUUCUAAAAGAUUUUUUGCCUUUAAUUUUAUAACCAUUUAGCAUUCAACCAAUCCUCAAUGCACAGAUCGUAUAUAUUUACUCACAUAAUAGCUGUUCUUUCCCCCAAUAUUUUGCCGCCAAAACUAGGGUAAAGUCAUUAUAUGCAUCCUAGAACAAGCCUGAGGAGGUAUUGGUACUAAAUGAAAGUUGUAAUUCUGUGCUCAAAUAUCCAUCUGUCCAUCCUCAUCUUGCACGAUCUGACCCAUGGAGCGGAACUAAUAUACCACGUGAUGUCAGUUUCUCAGUUAAUUCUUCAACAAAUACUAUCUUUUCAGAGAAAUGCCUUUUGAAUCUGUUUCUUUAGAAAUGUGGGUGCAGCCACCACAGAAGGGUAUGCUCUUUUUCAGAUGGGGGGAAAAAACUGACCGUGACACAAAUGCAGUUCUCACAUGAGUAAAUAGAGUAAACUGUCACUCACAACCUAACAGGAAAAGUCACUUAAGGAUUUAAAAUUCCUUUGCCCUUACUGAGAUCAAAGACCUGUAAUUAGAGGCUGAGAGCUGACACAUACAAAGCAGUAAAAGCAAUUGAUAAGAAGCUUGCAUGUGAAUGGAAAAUUAUCACAGCCUUUAAAAGAGAUUAGCUGAGGGAACAAAACGGAGCGCCAUAAGGAUCAAAUAUGACAAAAUCAAACUUGUAGAGUCUUAUGUUUCAGCAACGGACUUUAUUUUGGGGAUAACUUGAUUCUAAGUUAAUUUCAUCUGUUGAUUUUUUUCCCCACGUUGCUUUUAGGAGCUAGAGCAGUGAUUCUCAACCAGGGCACUGGGGCUGCCUUUAGAUCCUUUCAAGGUUGUUGCAGGCUGUCACACGAUGUUAGCAUUGCUAGGUGUGCAGAUAUAAUUCACAAGAUUAACGUGGAGAUUUCAAAGAAGAAUCCAUAGUGUUAAAAACAUUUCUGAUCUAUGGUCUUUUUGAGUUCUUUGCAACUGAAUUGCUCUAUUUAUUUCCAUAGUUGAAAAAUGAGUAAAAACAGCUGGCAUUUUUCAAGGGGUGCCUUGAGUCUUAAGAGGUUAAGAACCACUGAGCUAGAGCAUAAUUGGCCCCUGAAGUCUUGUUUUAAGGCACUUUUAUAAAUAACCUUCUUUUUUUAACAGAUUGUAUCUUAAUGAGAACUAUUAAUGGAAUAAGCAAAGCAGUUCCUGAGGAAUUUUACUGGUGUUUGUAUUAUACCCCUUGUCCUAAUGGAUCCCCAAGUGCCUUACAAAUAGCAUAUAGCAUGUCUACCCCAAAGUGCUAGCUUCUUGCAGUGGCAUAGUGGGAGAUAUUGCAGCACAUAGCAACUCAUUUCUAAGCCAGACGCCCCAUGGCAGUGCUGCUGAGCCCAGGGAGCUUUCAGGCCUAACAUUUGCUCCAUGAAUUUAUUCAGAGUUGAGGUUGAGGAGACCAUGCAUGUGCCCUGCGUGUUGAUGCAUGUCUAGCAGCAGCAUCAUAACACAAGUGAGGGAAUGGCAGAAGGAGGGGAUGCCGGUGCUCCGCCCAUCCGUCUGUGGGUGCGACGGGUAGGCGUUUACUGCGAUGAACGCCGAAAAACAUGGCUUGUGGCUGUGGCAGAGGAAGAGGGUACGCUGAGGGCCCGGAUCCGAAGAGUUCAGGUUCCCCUGGGUGAGGCGCUGCGGCCCAGCCAGCUCCCCCCAUCCCAGCUGCCUCAUAUGUGGCAGCUGUCCCUGAGUGAGCAGUACAGGGAUAGUAACUCUCGCAUUUGGGAGAUAGAGCACCAUCUAAUGAUUGGGGGAGUUGAAGAGCUGCUGCUUAGACUUAUGCCUGGUGAUUAAUCUGGAGUGGUUACUCUAGGAAGAUGCCCUUGUAUAUUUUAUACAAUAUAUGGUUCUCCCACUACUGAACUGCAGCCACCUCUGAGGUGGAAGCUGUUUAACAACAUACAGCAACACCACACAAGAUCUUAGAACAGGCAGUGAAG